CCUCUCCAUUUUCAGAAUCUGAAGAAAUGAAUUCAAAGCUUUCCUUCCAGUCGUCUCUGAAUUUAAACUCCUUUCCAUCUUCAGCUUAAUCCCAUUUCUUAACUUGCUAAUUUCACUCCUCAAAUAUAUCAUACAUCCAAUCUUGCCCAUAUCGCUCUCUCUCUCUCUCUGAUAAUUCAAGAUGGAAGGCUUACCGACGACGACGACGACGGCGUCGAAAUCCGAUAGACGAUCCAGAUCGAAGCCAACUCAGACUUCGAAGCCCUCCAUCUUCAUGGCCUUCUUCUCCUGCGUCGCUUGGCUCUACGUCGCCGGCCGGUUGUGGCAAGACGCGGAGAACAGAAUUGUACUGGCUAAUCUUCUCAAGAAGAACUUAGGCCAGAGACCUAUGGUGCUUUCAGUUGAAGAUAAGCUGGCUGUUCUUGGAUGCAAAGAUUUGGAGAGGAGGAUUGUAGAAGCUGAGAUGGACUUGACGUUGGCCAAGAGUCAAGGCUACCUCAAGAACAAUUUGCAGCCAAGGGUGUCGUCUUCUGGUCCGUUUCUUGCUGUAAUUGGAGUUUAUACUGGAUUCGGUAGCCGUUUGAAGCGGAACCAGUUUAGAGGGUCUUGGAUGCCUAAAGUUGAUGCUUUGAGAAAACUUGAAGAAAGAGGCAUAGUCAUACGAUUUGUGAUUGGUCGGAGUCCCAACAAAGGAGAUAGCUUAGACCGCAAUAUUGAUCAGGAGAGUCGUGUUACACAGGAUUUCUUGAUUCUUGAAGGUCACGAGGAGGCUCAAGAAGAAUUGCCUAAAAAAGCAAAGUUCUUCUUCAGUACCGCGGUUCGAAAUUGGGACGCUGAAUUUUACGUAAAAGUUGAUGACAAUAUUGAUCUUGACCUUGAGGGGCUAAUUGGCUUUCUUGAAAAACGUCGUGGUCAAGCCAGUGCUUAUAUUGGUUGUAUGAAGUCAGGAGAUGUGAUUGCUGAAGAGGGAAAGCCUUGGUAUGAACCUGACUGGUGGAAAUUUGGGGAUCAGAAAUCGUACUUUCGACAUGCCGGUACUUCACUCUUCAUCCUAUCCAAGAACUUAGCUCAGUAUAUAAACAUAAACAGCGCAUCUUUGAAGACUUAUGCUCAUGAUGAUGUAUCAGUUGGUUCAUGGAUGAUGGGAAUUCAAGCGACUUAUAUUGAUGACAACCGUCUUUGCUGUAGUAGCAUUAGACAAGACAAGGUGUGUUCAUUAGCUUGAUGAAGGGGAUAAAAUAUCUUGUUAGAAGGAAAAGGGAUCUGGUUGUUCGGAAAGUUUUGCGUGAGCCAUCAGAGUAGCAUUCUGGUCAAAUUCACAUGUGUUGAGCUGAGGUGCUGGGAUUUCUGUGAAGACUACAAAGGACUUGCAAGAUCAUUCUUUUAUAUGUGCGAGUCGAGGAGGAAGUUUUCUUUUCCUCAUUGUUUUAUCAUUAGUGAUAGAGAUCGAGCAAACUACACCCUGCGUGGGUGAGAGCUGUUUGUGAGAGUGAUGUGAUAGCACACAUUAGUAGUUGUAUUGUGAAGACAUGAUCAAUGAUAUUAGCGCUUCUCAUA